AUGCCUAAACCAACGUUUUUGCAAGCUGUUCUGAAGAAACCGACAAGAUCGUAUGCUGAUCCAUAUCAUUCAUCUCCAUGGGCAGAACAAGAAUCCCAUGAAUCACAAUAUUAUACCACUUCUUCUUCAAGAUUUGAUGAAGACGAAUAUCGACAUGCUGGACCUAGUAGAAACAGGAAUGGUAGAGGUCCAAGUUCAAUCGCUUCUUCCUCAGUCCUAAGUGAUUCAUACGAAAAUGGGUCAAACGUAAAUUCACAUUCAUUGAAUAGUAGAUUCCCAAAACCUGCAAGAAGAGUGGUAAGUAAUAUCACUUUAAGAGAUGGACAAAUAAUACAAACUCCUCCGAAGAAAUCAUCUAGUUCAGCUAUAGGUACAGCAAGUGGAAGUGGAACAAUUAGAAGAAAGAAAGAGAAAGCGUCAACCGUAGCAGAGGAUGAAAAUGGGAUAUCGACAACAACUAGAAAUGGAACGAUUAAAAAGAAAAAGAAACCCAAAUCAAUAGUCACCACUACUAUAGACAAUCAAGAAAAUGCCUCAACAAUCUCCUCUCCUACUUCAACAACGUUAUCAUUACCCAUGCCACCCCCAUUACAUUCACGUCAUAGUGAGACUUCUUCAGCACCUUCUUCCCCUAUUCCACCUUUAUCACCUGUCAUUCCUACUCAUCAUCGCUCAACCGAGAAUAACAUAGUAAAGAAACCGCCUCGCUUAGGGUAUCAAGCUUCGGCUCUAGCACUCCCGACCCCUCCCAGCUCCGAGAUGUCGAGUCCGAGUUCAUCUUCUCAGCACGUACAGACAGUCAACACGGCGAUCAGAUCAACACCGGCUAUACCACAACCACAGAAGGUAACGCGUACAUCAAUAGGAGCAGAUUCCGACGACGAUGAAGAUGUAUUUUACACUCCCAGGACGUCCCUUACUGAUUUACAGCUUCCAGAACAAAUCGUGUCAGACAUCGUGAUAACUCCCAAAGUCAUUGUUCCCCCCGUCGCUCCUCCUUCUUUCAACUUCUUACCUCCGACGCCUGCUCCCAUACCAGAUCCUGCUCAUUCGCCUUUCCAUUCUGAGCCUUCUUCUUCCAAUAGCUCUUCCUUACAUCCCGAUAGACCAUACGUUCAUCGUCCUUCGCCAAGAAUCGAGAUCCCUCAGGAGAUCAAUUUCAAAGCUGGUUCGGAAUCAGCAACUCCUAGGGCUGAUGAUGAUGCCGAAAGCGCUUCUGGUCAAGCUGGCUCGGACGAUGAUGGAGAGGGAGUGUAUGAACGUGCGGGAAGGAGUUCACGUCGCCCAAGCGAUUCUCGACCGGCAAGUACGACAUGGUCUCGUCCGUCCUCAGUUACAGGCCGAUCCGCUGGCCCUGUUUCAGUAGACGGAUAUAGACCCCCUUCAAGGCAUUCGACUUCUAGAAGUGUAUCUCGAAAUCCUUCGGACGAGUUCCCAACCAUGAGACGACCAUCAAUACCUGCUUCGGAAGUUUCAUAUCAACCUGAAGGCAGUCUCAGAGGUAGUAUAAGUGGAUAUGGGAAAGGUGGAUGGGCAGCAGCUAAUUCCUCAUCAAAAUCAAGACCUACUUCACCUGUGAUGUUCAUGCCUGUCUCUGGAGAUGGAUGGGCAAACUUCCAACCUCCUCCUAGACAAUCAAAGUUCACCCCCUUACCGUCAUCUUCCCAAAAUCCAACUUUCGAUAGGAUCACAGAAGGUACAAGAUUAGGAGGAUCAAGUACAAAAGGUAGUCAAAAUGGUCAUUAUGGCUAUGGAUAUGGAGAUGGGAAUGGGAAUGGGCAUGAAUACGGAAGCGGACUACAAAUACCGAGUAAAGAUUCCUCACCUAGUGAAUAUUCACAUAAUUCCGAUGGUAUGGAAAUGCCUAGUCGAUCUUACGUGACAAAGGAUUACACCAGUGAAGCAAGUCAAGGCAGUGUUAUCUCUGAUGAUAGAGAAGAAAACGAGAGCUCUCAUCAGUGGAAUAGGGAAUCGAUUAAUCAGCCUCAACCCCCCAGGCCGGGCAGUCUAGUAUUCCCUACUGCUCGAGUCGGACCAUCCAGUAUAAGCCAUAGUGUGACUUCUCCAUCUUUAGCGAGACCACCAUCUCGAGCCGGAUCGCAUACGAACUUUUCUCGACCUAUGUCUCCCAUGAUGGAUUACUCAAGACCCACUUCACCCAUGAUGGAUCGUCCUUUAUCAGUCAUGUCCAAUUCUACCACACCACGAACUUUUAAUCCGCCUUCUUUCCUGAAUCCAGAUCUCCUGACGAUCUUACCGGAAAUGACAAAUGAAGAUUCCGAUAGACUAUAUCGCCCCACACCUUCGGAAAGCGGUAAAAGUCGACGAACUUCUGUGCAAGAUUGGAAUUCUGGUAAUCCUUCAAGAAGAUCUAGCAUCUUCAGAGCCAAGAGUGAAAUCAGUCAUGGACGAGAUGAGGAAGAGGAUGGUUUACCUGAGCUUCCAGCUAGGAGAAGUAAAUCAGUGAUGGGAUUCAGGAAUUUGGAUCAGGACAGAGAAAAGGAUAGAAAAUGGGAAGGAAGUAGUUACGGCGAUGGUGUAUUGAUGGAAUCCAACGGUAGAGCUCCAGAAAGCGUUGGUGGUUAUACUAACCUCAUCCUUCCAUCUGGAGCAUAUCGACCUAUUAACCCCGCAAAAGCGUCAAGUGGCGUUGACACUCGUAUUCUCGGUAUGCCUCAUGCUACUAUGGCUUCGAUAGUUUUAUCCACUACUUUCUCGAGACACUCAUCCACUCCAGCACAUUUACGUGAUCAACUUCCUUCUUUAGUCGACUUCAGCUCUCAUCUUAAACCGCCUACCAAAGUCGGCGAUUCUCAACUUCUCGUCCAGGUCUACGCUGUUGCAAUUGAUCAGUUAGACGUUCAAGCGCUAGAUGAAAAAGGAAGAGGGGAUGUAGGCAAAUAUGUUCCUGGUAGAAGUUUCGUGGGAAGAGCUUUGUCCGUUGGUGCUCAAGAGAAAGAAGUUGUACGAGGUGACUUGGUUAUUGGUAUUUUCGAUCUACGAAAGAGUGGAGCAUUGUCAGAAUACAUUAUAGUUGAUCGUCGUCGAGUGUCCAGAGCACCCUACCCCACUCAACUCUCAUUAGAACAACUAUCUCUCUUACCCUUACAAGGUAUAUCAGCAGCCCGAGCUGUACGCACUCAUCUGACUCGUCACUCAAGAGCGAUAAUCAUGAACGCGCAUACCGGUAUAGCCGCUUUGGUCUGCCAAGAAAUGUCAAGAGCAGGUGUGAAUAUAACUGCUGUCAUACCUGGUGGAGAUGAAUCACAUGAAAAUCAUAGGGCUUGCUUGAACAAUGGUGCUAAAGGCGUAUUGAUGGGUAGUCCAGCCGCUGUAAUGCUCAACAUGGAAGAAAAUGCUUGGGAUUAUGUAUUUGACACUGUUGGUGGAUUGAGAGUCUAUGACGCUGCUAAGAGAAUGCUAAAAGAUGGCGGAAAACUGGUGACAACUGUCAAACCUGAUACCAAUUUUUCAUCACAACCACAACUUAUUUCUAGACCAUCAGGAAUCAAGACGUUACGAGCGGCGUUUGGAUCAAGAAGGAAAGAAUCAAAGUUUGUUCAAUUCGAAUAUUUACAUCCUACCGGAACGGGUGAACCUGAAGUCGACACAACAGGAAUGGAUUAUAGAGACGUGAUGGAGGAACCUUGUAUGGCGAUAUUCAAACCACAUUUACCGGAAUUCAUCUCGCCUACAAAAUACAGUAGUGGAAGUAUGGAAAGCUUGAAAGGAAUAGUCAAUUUCGAAAAAGGUUAUGAGGUUUUCAAGAGGGAUUGGGAAGGCGUAAGAGUUAUCAGAGUUAUAAAUUGA